AAGGAACGGUAACUCUAGAAAUGUUGCCAUUAAAAAGCAUUUGUUUACACGAGAUAGUUUUUUAAGACAAAAUUGUAAACAAUUGCUAAAUAAAUAAAAACUAAUAAAUUAAAAUGGAAAUUGUUAAUCCCUGCUUCUCGGUGUUGUCCAAUUACGAGGUAAUGGAGUCUCUUAAAAAUAUCAAAGAUACUAAAAAGAAAUAUGGUUUGAGAAAUUUGGCCACAAUUGCCUAUGAAACUUUGCAAUUUUUGGAAGAUUCUCCCAGUAAACAUCAAAAUCGUGAAGCCAUUGUGGCCUUUAUUAAUGAUAUGCAGCCCUAUAAAUUAACAACAAAUGAGUGUCUAAUGAUGGUCAAUGAUCCACCUUCCAGUGCUUUACAUAUACAACUGCUAAUUGAGGACAGUGAAGAACGUUUAACGGAGGAACAAGUUGCCCAAAUCAUAGAAAUAGCCAAAACCCACUUUCCCGGACCUCCACAAGAAACUAAUUAAAAUAUAAAUAAAAUACUAUUUAUUUAAAA